GUUAUAAUCUCCAUUAGUAUCGAGCUCAAAAAUUAUUUCUCAACUGUUACAUGUUCAUCAGGAAAUCCAUGGCUGCUUCUUCUUCAGCUGAAACCAACCUCGCGACGGCCAAGAUGGUUCUGUCGAUGGCGGGGUCAUUGGCCGCCACAGCAAUGAUUGUACGGUCAUUAGUGACUGAUUUCAUGCCACAUGCAAUCCAAGACUUGAUGUUCUCUGGCAUCAGCAAUCUCUUCAAUCGGUUAUCGUCCCAGAUGACUAUGGUGCUUAACCAGUCCGAUGGUCUGUUCAACAAUGAAAUUUACGAGGCUGCGGAGGUUUACCUUGGUGAGAAAGUCUCUCCCUCGACGCAGAGACUCAGUGUGAGUAAACCCGAGAAGGAGAAGAACUUCAUUAUCGCCAUGGAACGCGGCGAGACCAUUGUGGACGUCUUUAAUGGCGUCAAAUUCACAUGGACUUUGGUCUGUAGCCAAGUCGAGUCCAAUAACUUCCAUAACCCUCGAAAUUACAAUUCCACGCUUCGAUCGGAAGCACGCUCAUUCGAGCUCAGCUUCCAUAAGAAACAUCUGGAUUUGGUUCUCAAAUCUUACUUGCCCCACAUUCUGACUGAAUCAAAGUCGGUCAAACAGGAGAAAAAGACCCUCAAAAUCUUCACGGUUUACAAUAUCUACGGCGACAUCGCCGAUGUUUGGAUGCCAACGAAUCUCGACCACCCGGCGACGUUUGAUACUCUGGCUCUCGACACGGAUAUCAAGAACUUUAUCCUUGAUGAUCUUGAGAGGUUCUUAAAGAGGAAGGAGUAUUACAGAAAAGUCGGGAAAGCAUGGAAGAGAGGCUACUUGUUGUAUGGGCCGCCUGGGACUGGAAAAUCGAGCUUGAUUGCGGCCAUGGCCAACUAUUUGAAUUUCGAUGUGUAUGACUUAGAGCUUACGGGGAUCCAGUACAAUUCGGAACUUAGAAGAUUGCUCUUAGCAAUGGCGAACAGGUCCAUAUUGGUGGUGGAAGAUGUCGAUUGUUCUAUCCAGUUAGAAGACCGAAGCAAACUUUUAAAUUCUCCCCCAACGUCUAACGAGGACCAGGUGACUCUGUCUGGCUUGUUAAAUUUCAUCGACGGACUAUGGUCAUGCUGCGGCGACGAGCGCAUCAUAAUAUUCACAACCAAUCACAAAGAGCGGCUCGACCCGGCACUGCUGCGGCCAGGUCGCAUGGACGUUCACCUCCACAUGUCUUACUGCACCCCAGGUGGGUUCAGACUGCUGGCCUCGAACUACCUCGGCAUCAAGCACCAUCCCCUGUUCGAGGAGAUCGAGCAGCAGCUUAAAUCCACAGAAGUGACCCCUGCAGAAGUGGCUGAGGAGCUCAUAAAGAGUGACGACCCUGAAGCUGCCCUGGGAGGUCUUGUUGAGUUUCUCAAAGUGAAGAAGAAGGAAAAUGAAGAAGCUAAGCUGAAGAGGGAGAAAGAAGGGGAUAAAAAAGAUGUUACUAAGGCAGAAUUGGUUGCUAAAGAAGAGAAUGGUACAACUUUAGUUGAUACAGAGGCAGAUGUAGCUGAAGAGCUCGUAAAGGGUGACCACCUUGAAGUUGCCUUGCAAGGCAUUGUUGAUUUGCUCAAAGUGAGGAAGAAGGAAAAUGGGAAAGCCAAGGUGGAGAAGGAAAAACAGAGAGAAGGAGCUGGUAAGGAAAAUGGGAUAGCCAAAGAUGUUGAAGCAGAAUCAGAAGCAGAAGAAAUGAAGAGUAGUAUCGAUGUUGGUUGUUGAUGUGCAUGGUCAGUCUUGAGAGCGGCUAUAGGAGUGAGAAUUACAGAGCACUAACACAAUCUUUUUCAUACCAGCUACAUUUCAUAUUUUUAACAAAGGGGGUUAGAAAAUAAACACAUUAAGGGUGUUUAUUAAAGUAUGUAUUUAUUCCCCACAAUGUAGCUCUUACAUUUUCUAAUGUCACAUUUGAACCAAUCAAUUAUUGGUUAUGUAUGCUCUACACUAAACUAAACGAAAAAAACUCUGUUAUCCCCGAUUUUCUGUCACCUCUAUGUC